AUGCCUAAAGCCUUGAAGAAAGCGAAGGCUGCCCUCACCUCCAUGAAGAUCCCCAAACCGGAUCUCUCGCGGUCCAAUGGAAGUUCGCCUGUGACCCCCAAGACCCCCAAGACACCCGCGGACGAAGGUCUUGAGUUCUUCGAGUCCGUGGGCAAGGGGGACCAGCCCAUUCACGUCUACGAGCUCCGUCUGGACCCCGAUGGCGGGCCCAACAAAGAUCGAGCUUAUAUGCGCCUCCCUCCGGCUUACACUCCUUACGUCGUCCGCGUAACUCUCGAUGCCGGGACACCCGCUUCUAGGAAUGGUGUGUUCAAGACCAACUUUCCUCUGGACGGUGGCCGGUUUGAGCGUGAUCGCUUCGCUGAACGGAGGCUGCCCACCGAUUUCUCCGCCCCCAUUCAGAUUGAUCUACCCAUCUCCCAUGCAGGGGCUUUCAUCUACUGGAUUGAAUACGAUGGCGAUAUCGCGGGUGCUCGUGUCAAAGGACGCGAAGGAUACUUCAACAUAGAUCCUAUUCUCAAGACCAAGGCGCGCAGCCCCAUCGUCUCUGACGGCAAAGUAGCGCAGGACGGCUCGGCGAUUCAACAAGACUACAUCAACAUCCCCAUGGAUGGCCUGUCGAUCCUCACUCUUGUCUCCAAAUGGAUGGGCCCUAUCUCAUCCUGGCGGGAACACUUCGCCGAGACCAGUGCGCGUGGCUACAACAUGAUCCAUUGGACGCCUUUACAAGAGCGCGGGGAGAGCGACAGUCCGUACUCCAUUCGCAACCAGCUUGUCUACGAGCCAUCCAUGUUCUCCGGGGGCAAGGCGGAUCUUGGGUCUGAUGGAGGCCAGGCGAAGCUGGAAGAGAUUUUGAAAGUCGCCAGGGAGGAGUAUGGCCUGCUCAACUUGACUGACGUCGUUCUCAACCACACUGCGAACGAUAGUCCUUGGCUUGUCGACCACCCGGAAGCUGGCUUUAGCCCCGCUAACACUCCUCACUUGACACCUGCGCUGGAGCUCGACACCGCUAUGCUUGAGUUCUCUGGUGGCCUGCAAGCGGCUGGUCUCCCUACUACCAUCUCGUCGGAACAGGAUGUCACUAUGCUGGUCAAUGCUUUCGACGCCUAUCUGAAGGAGCGAACGCUCUGGCAAUACUACGUCUUCGAUGUCACCCGAGAACGCAAGGUCAUCAAGGAGGCGCUGGACCGCAAAGACGUUGUCGAGUGGUCUGGCCCUGAUGUCGCUCUAAAGACGGUCGUUGAGCUCGCGAACAUCAUCCGUGAAUCGGGGCAAAUCCAAGGAUACAAGAAGCUCGAGAAGAGAUUGGGUACCAAUGUUCCCGGUCCAGUGGCCGCUGGCUUCGUCAAGGCAGCUUUCGUCAACCUUGGCGAAGACAGCGAGUCCCUCGCAGAUGCAUGGGUGCGGGUUGUAGACGUUCUGAACGUCCCCCUCUACGAGGAAUGGACCGAGGAUACGAAGGUGGCGCUGGACAACAUCCGGAAUCGGUUGAAGUACACUCGCCUGGACCCCCAUGGGCCAAAAUUGGGUGCCAUCACGCCUCAACUGCCCCUGGUCGAGCCGUACUUCACCCGGCUCAAGAAGUCGGACCCAGAGACAUACUCCCUUGCGAACAACGGGUGGAUCUGGAACGCGGAUCCUCUGUCCAACUUUGCCCUAUGGCCGUCGAAGGCCUACCUCCGACGUGAGGUGAUCGUCUGGGGUGACUGCGUCAAGCUUCGAUAUGGCGAAGGACCGUCGUCUAACCCUUGGCUUUGGGAGUUCAUGACGAAGUAUGUUACCUCCCUUGCGGAGACUUUCGAGGGUUUCAGGAUCGACAACUGCCACUCGACCCCCCUGCACGUCGGCAUCAACCUCUUGGACGCUGCGCGAGCUGCAAACCCCAACCUCUACGUCUGUGCGGAGCUUUUCACGGGCAGCGAGGAGAUGGAUACGAUGUUCGUCAGUCGGUUAGGCAUCAACAGCUUGAUUCGGGAAGCAGGCAACGCUUGGGACCCCAAGGAAUUCUCGCGUUUGCUAUACCGCCACGGCCUCGGCAAGCCACUGGGUUCUAUGGACGGCGCAUGCAUGACAAGCAAGGCAGAACUCCCACCCCCGACCGGCAAGGGUCCCACUCGAGACUGUAUCGUGAUCCCUCACAACGGUUCAGUCCCCCACGCUCUCUUCUACGACCUCACACACGACAACGAAUCGUACCUCGACAAGCGUUCAGCAGAAGAUGCGCUUUCUACUGGGGCCCUUGUCACUUUUUCGUUCUGCGCCAUCGGAUCAGUCAAGGGCUUCGAUGACCUAUACCCGAAGCUGCUCAACCUCGUCGGAGAGAAGCGGAAGUACGAGGUGACAAACCUUGGGGAGAAUAGCGGGAUCGCAAAGGCGAAGCGCCUCCUCAACGCGCUGCACACCGAAUUCGCUCUGGAGGGGUAUGAGGAGGGACACGUACACCAGGAGAACGAUUAUAUCGUCCUUCAUCGAGUUCAGCCCUCGACUCAGAAGGGUUAUAUCCUCGUCGUUCACACGGCGUUCCACAAGGGAUCGAAAGACCGCGGUUACAUCACUCCCAUCAAACUUCGGAGCACGAAGGCGAAGUUCAUCUACGGCGCGCACAUCGACAUCUCUUCUUACGACAUCGAGAAGGACCCCAGCACACUCCGGGGCCUUCCUGGUAAACUUGUCGACAUGCCAGAGGUUGUCGCUCCUCAAGGUCUCGACGGCGAGGGCCCUUUCACAGAGAUCGUCGUACCCGACUACUUCCCUCCUGGCAGCUUCAUGGUGUUGGAAACCCAGCUCCAAGGCAUCGAUAGCGAUCUCGACGUGUUCUGUUCGCAAGGCGCGGAGGCAGCGUUCGGUGACCUGAACCUUGUCGACCUCAACGUCAUCCUGCACCGUGCUGAGGGCGAGGAGAGGGACGCCACAGGCGGAGUGAUCGGCGCAUAUGCUAUCCCUGGCCUAGGAAGCUUGGUGUACUGUGGGCUUGAGGGCUGGAUGCACCCUCUGCGGCACAUCAUGAGGUACAACGAUCUCGGCCAUCCUCUAUGCGGUCACCUCCGUGAGGGUACUUGGGCGUUUGACUACAUUCACGACCGCUUGCUCAAGCAAGUCGACGUCUUCCCGGCUUUGGCGCAACCUGCGAAGUGGCUCAAGGAGCGUUUGGAGCGCGUGAAAGCGACGGUUCCGCCCUUCUUGCGCCCCAAGUACUUUGCUAUCGUCAUCUCGGAGGCUUACAAGGCAGCGCGCCGAGCGGCGAUCGAGCAGUCUUCGAACUUCGUCGUAAGCGGACACGACCUCACUCACAACCUCGCUCUGUGUUCCGUCCAGAUGUACGGGCAGAUCAAGUCGGCGUCGCUUGACCCUGGCAAGCCUACGCCGUCCUUGGCGGCUGGGUUGCCGCAUUUCACGACCGGGUGGGCCCGUUGCUGGGGUCGUGAUGUGUUCAUCUCGCUGCGCGGCCUGUUCUUGACGACUGGCAACUUCGACGGAGCUAAGACUCAUAUUCUGGCUUUCGCGUCCACCUUGAAGCACGGCCUUAUCCCCAAUCUCCUAGACUCCCUGCGCACCCCCCGAUACAACUCUCGCGACUCGCCUUGGUGGAUGUUGCAGAAUAUCCAGGACUACGCGAACAGUGCUCCGGACGGCUUGUCCAUCCUGUCCGAGUCGGUCAAGCGGCGCUUCCCCAAGGACGACACUUGGGUCGCCUGGGACGAUCCCGCUGCGUACGCCUACUCCAGCACCAUCGCGGAGGUCACGCAAGAGAUCCUGCAACGGCACGCGGACGGCAUUCAUUUCCGUGAAUACAACGCCGGGCCGAACCUCGACAUGCAGAUGAAGGACGAAGGCUUCAACAUCGACAUUCAGGUCGACUGGACCACUGGCCUCAUCUCCGGUGGCAACCGUUACAACUGCGGCACCUGGAUGGACAAGAUGGGCGAGUCGGAGAAGGCGGGCAACAAGGGUCUGCCGGGUACCCCGCGUGAUGGCGCCCCCGUUGAGAUCAUCGGUCUCCUCAAGAGUACGCUGCGUUGGUUGGACCAGCUGUCGAGGGCCGGCAAGUUCCCCUUCAAGGGUGUAGAUGCCGAAAUCGAUGGCAAGAAGCGUCUUGUGACCUACAAGGAAUGGAACGACCUGCUGCAGUCGUCGUUCGAGAAGUGCUACUACGUGCCGACUGACCCCAGUGAGGACACUAAGUACAACAUCAACUCCAGUCUCGUCAACCGUAGGGGCAUCUACAAGGAUGUGUACGGCUCUGGAGCUGGUCGGGAGUGGUCAGACUACCAGUUCCGCCCGAACUUCCCCAUCGCGAUGACCGUCGCGCCGGAGCUCUUCGAUCCCGAGCAUGCCCUCGGUGCCCUCAAGCUCGCUGAUCAAUACCUGCGCGGUCCCCUGGGCAUGAAGACGCUGGAUGCCAUCGACCUGCAAUACCGGCCCUACUACGACAACGCGAACGACGGUACCGACGCCGCGAUCGCCAAGGGAUGGAACUACCAUAACGGACCCGAGUGGGGUUGGCCGCUGGGCUACUUCCUGCGCGCAUACCUGCACUUCGACACUAAAUUCGGUGCAGGCAAAACGGAUAACAUCGAGACUCUUCACCACCUUCAUCGCAUCCUUCUCAAGCCGCGCGAGCACAUCCAGAAGGACCCCUGGGCUGGCAUCCCAGAGUUGACGAACAAGGAUGGCGCGUACUGCGCAGACUCGUGCAACACGCAGGCCUGGAGCGCGAGCUGUCUGCUUGACUUCCUCGAGGAAGUGCACAAGCUGAGCGCUAAAUCUGCAUGAUAUGGACGGUUUCCUCGGACAAUGGCUGGACUAGUAUAGACACGUGUUGUACCUCUUCCUCCUGCAGCAUCAUCGUUUCCUUUCCUCUCAUAUACGGAUACCAAACCAAUAGCAAGCUCCUCUCCCCGGACAGUCAAUAGUACGACCAUUUUGUAGCUCGAUUCAGACACGUUCGAUAGCAUGCAGUCAAUUUGAGAAAGCUUGUGUAUCUUCGC